AUGUAUGAACUGGAGCGCCGAGCCAUUUUCUCAAAGAGAUGGCUCUUUAUCACCCACAGCAUGCGGUUGAAGAAGACCGGUGACUGGCUUCGUUAUGAGCUUGCAGGGUUCGAUUUCAUUAUUACUCGCGACCGAGAGGGCAAGAUAAACGCAUUCCACAACGUGUGCAGACACCGUGCGUACCCGGUCGUUGAGAAAGAGGGUUCCGGAAAUUCCCAAAUCCUCGCUUGUCGAUACCACGGCUGGUCCUACGGACUCAAUGGCAAACUCGCCAAAGCUGCAAAAUACCAAGAGCUGAGCAACUUCGACAAGGAACAGAACGGACUGUACAAAAUCCACCUCAAGGUUGACGUCAAUGGCUUCAUCUGGAUCAACAUGGAUGCGAAUGAAGUCCCCGAGGUAUCCUGGGAGGAACACUUCCGCGACGUCGACAAGCAAGAACGCUACAAAGCCUACAACUUCGAAGACUAUGAUCUUGACCACACCUAUGCGCUUCAGGGCGACUAUAACUGGAAGAUUCUGGCGGACAACUUCAACGAAUGUUACCACUGCCCUACGACCCACGCCGAUAUCCCUGAAUUCCUCAACCUCGAAUCUUUCGAUAGCGAUCUCAAAGAUGGACACAUUCAACACCACUGCGAAUCCACGCCAGAGCAAAUCCAGAAGGGUCUUUACACUGCCAGCACCUAUUACUUCCCCAUGUCUGCCAUGGUUGUCUCGCCUCAUUUCAUUAUGAUCCAGAAGUUCCUCCCCUCCAGCGCAAAGAGCUCCCAGAUGGCCUAUGAAGUCUACCGAAACCGAAACUCUUCCGAUGCCGACUUUAAGCUUAUCAGUGAGAUGUACGCGCGCGUCAUGGGAGAAGACAAAAUCCUCUGUAACAACGCACAGAAGAACCUCGACCGAAAUGUCUUCACAAGUGGUGAGCUUCACCCCAGGUGGGAGAAGGCGCCGUUGUUCUUCCAAAGCACAGUCCGCGAUGUCAUCACAGAGCACUUUGAGCGCGAGAAAGCCGCGGGGCGGGAGAUCUGGCCGGCGAAGCCGAAGGUGACAUGCAACGCAAAUCUUAAUGAGAAGGAUGAGCAGAUUUGUGCGGCCCUGGCCUGUGGAGCUCAGAAAGAGGUUUUGGCGUGGUGA